UCCCCCGAAUGGUGAGCUUGAGAGCUGGCGGGUCCACUCGGACUCAGCCUCGCCCCAGCAGCUGGAUGCUCCUAUACAGAUUAAUAACAGCACUGCAUGAUGGUGGACCCAGAAGAGGAGGAAACUAUGGAAGAAAUUACAUUUAAAAGUGAUACUGUGCUGUCUGAUGUACAUCUAAACACCCCAAACAAAAGGCAUCUCAUGGUGCGCCUGAAUGCUGUUGGCCAACCUGUUUUUCUGUCACAAUUCAAACUUCUGUGGAACAAAGAUCCUUGGAAAGAUACUCAAGUUGAAGAUAAAAAACAAAAAAACAUUCAAAUAGAAAAUAAUACACUUGAUUACAGAAGUAUUCAGAAAUCUUGUGGCAAGAAUAGCAAUGGUAUAGAUUGUCUGGACAAAAAUGAAACUCAAAUUCACCCUUGUAUGAGAAUAGAAGCUCUAUUGGAUAAUGAUGGUGACUUAGAAGUGGUAAGAAGACCACGGACUUUCUCUGAGACAAAACAAAAAGAACUAUCAAGAAAUAAGAUACAUCCUAAAAUUCUAACCCAGGGAGCAGAAAGUGUCAGUGAAGAAGUUCAAGAAAAUGUCCAUCAUAGUAUGGUUAAAAUAGAGCACACCAUGGCCACCCCUCUUGAAGAUGUUGGUAAACAGGUAUGGCGUGGAGCUUUCCUUCUAGCUGACUACAUCCUGUUCCAAUGUGACCUAUUCAAAAGUUGCACUGUGCUUGAGCUUGCAGGAACUGGGAUUGCCAGCAUCAUCACAGCAACGGUUGCUAAGACUGUUUACUGCACAGAUGUGGGUGAAGAUCUCCUGGCUAUGUGUGAACGGAAUGUUACCCUAAACAGGAGCCUAACUGCAACAGCAGGAGGUGCAAUUAAAGUUAAAGAACUGAAUUGGCUGAAAGAUGACUUGUGCACUGAUCCUCAAGUUCCAUUCAGUUGGUCUGAAGAAGAAAUUUCUGACUUAUAUGCUCACACUACUAUCAUAAUGGCAGCUGAUGUUUUUUAUGAUGAUGAUCUCACAGAUGCUUUAUUUAAAACACUCUACAGAAUUACUCACAAUUUGAAAAAUGCAUGUACAAUCUACUUAUCAAUAGAGAAAAGACUAAACUUCACACUUAGACAUUUGGAUAUUACAUGUGAAGCUUACAAUCAUUUUCGAUUUUCCCUAAAUGAUCUAGAGAAACUCAGAGAUGGCAAAAUGAAGUUUAUUGUAGAGCCAAUUGAAGCUACUUUCCCCCAGUUCCUUGUUUAUGAACAUAUAGAGCAGUUGGAACUCUGGAAGAUUGUUGCUGCACCAAUAAGUUGAUCUCUCAUGUGAACAAGGCUGAAGAUAUUCCCCUAAGUCAGUUUGUUACAGUUCUUCCUAAACUGUAUUUUUAAUGAAAUCAUAAGCUACCAAACUAUUUGCUUUAGUUUAUAUAAUUAAAAAUGAUUAAUGUGCCUGAUACAAUAUAAUCACUUUUAAAUUUUUGUGAUAAUUUUUCUGCUGUAUAACACUGUUCCAUACAGCCUUAAGAGUAUUAUCUCUUUUGUAAAUUAAAUGAGAAUUAUUUAGUUGCCACCAUUUUUACUAGUCACUUGUGAAGCUUCUUGAAGACAUUGAAUCCUGCCUUUAUCUAAUUGAGAAAAUUAUCUUACUCUUUUAUGGCUCAGGUACUAUUACCAUGUACUUCAAUGGUGGCUAGACUAAUAAUAGACUUUUACUAGAAUUUUUCUCAGUAUUGCUGCUUUUGUGCUUGCCAUGUUAACAGCUUGUAUGUAUUUACAAUAAUCAACACUAAA